GGGACCGCAGUAGGAGCGGAGGCAGCAUCCUUGUACCGAGAGCCCGGGGAUCCUGUGCAGCCAGCCCGUCACCCUGGAGUCCCUGCCCAGUGCCAUAAUCAGGAGGGAGAUCUCCAGAUCCUACCAGGAGUUAGGUGAAGAGUUAGAACAGAGUGCGGAGGAUGCGGAGACUCUGGAGGACGUGGAUGAAGAACAGGAAGACCAGGAGGAGCCCAACUCCGAUCCUCUGCCAGAGCGGGAGUUGGACAGGUCCUCCAUGCGGUUCAGCAGGACGUGUUUGAAGAACGUCUUCUCGGUGCUGCUAAUCUUUGUCUAUCUGUCGCUCAUGGCUGUCGCCGUCUUCCUGGUCUAUCAGACCAUAACUGACUUCAGGGACAAGCUAAAACACCCCGUCAUGUCCGUCUCCUACAAAGAGGUUGACGUGUAUGAGGCUCCCGGUAUAGCCAUUUAUCCAGGAAAAGCUCGGCUCCUGAGCUGUGAGCAUCAUCUCUAUAACCAUAUUCCACCACUAAAAGAUCCGGGACAGCCGGGGAAGAAUAAUUGCAUCACUCAGACCAUGAACUACACCGAUCCCUUCACCAACCAGACUAUGAAGCACGCCCUCAUUGUUAAAGGGCCGCGUGAAGUGUGGAAGAGAGAACUGGUUUUCCUGCAGUUCCAUCUGAACGAAACUGAACAAGACUUCAGCGCCAUUGACUAUCUGCUCUUCUCUUCGUACAAGAACUUCCUAGCCAGUGACAACAAGACAAAAUUCAUGCAGGACUGCGAGAGCUCCUUCUCCAGCUGGAAAUUCUCUGGGGGGUUCCGGACCUGGGUGAAAAUGUCCUUAGUAAAGACGACUGAGGAGGACGGGAGCCAGUCGGUGGAGUUCAAGCAAGAGACCAGUUUCGUCAACUACAUCGAUCGGAGGCAGGGGACGCAAAAGGGAGACCAGUUAUUCUUUGUGGUUUUUGAAUGGAAGGAUCCGUACAUCCAAGAGAUUCAGGACAUCAUCGCUGCCAACCCCUGGAGCAUGAUCGCGCUGCUCUGCGGAGUCUUCCUGGUUUUAUUUAAAGCUGCAGACUUUGCCAAACUCAGCGUGAAGUGGAUGAUCAAAAUCCGCAAGCGGCACCUGAAGAAGCGGGUGCGGGAGCUGAACCACAUAAGCUGAAGCAGGACAUCCCGCCACUUUGUUAUGGUCUGGGCAUCGAUGGAGCUGCUGGACCAGCGUCUGGACAAUGCCCCUGAACUUAUUCUUUGUCUUGAUUAAUAUAGGAAUAGCAGAUUUGCAGGGGGCCUGUGCCGCCAUUAAUCCGUAGAUGUGAACGGCUUCCUAGUAUAAACCUGUGUUUAUAGGGGAUUUCUGCUGCGCCAUUAAACGCUGCUGUAGAAUAGCGGCUGCACAGGGGAUUGUGCAACCACAGGUCAGGUGCCCGCCGUCAAAGAUAGCGAGGCACCCAGAGGAGUAGGCAGAUUUUUUUGCCUGCUUCAUCAGGGGCAUAUUUUUAUUUUUUUUACCAUUCUGCCUGCUCCAUCUCUACAUACACAGCAUACAAUGACCGCCGUGUAUACAGUAGUAGCAGCAGCGCCUCUGCCGAUCCUGGCGAUCACAUGAUUCACAGCGCAAGUAAAUUGUGAUACCGUCAAGUUAUCACAGUUGCUUUUGUAAACUGGACUGCUAGGAUAACCCUGGUUAGGGUUUGUUCUCACUAAGCCGAUUUGCUGCACAUUUUCGGUCCGAAUUUGCAGAGAACAAUUCUGCAGCAUUUUACAGUAGCUGCAAAGUGGACGAGUUUGUAACAAAGGUCAUCCUCGCGCUGUGGGGGGAAAAAUCUGCUCUGAAAGUGCAUGUCAAUUCAUUCUGCUGAUAUUCAGCCUUUGCAAUGUACAGGUGCAUCUCAAUUAAUUAGAAAAUCAUCAAAAACGUAAUUUAUUUCAGUAAUUCAUAUAAAAAAGUGAAUCUUGUAUAUUCUACAUGUUCAUUACUCACAGAGGGAUGUAUUUCAAGCGUUUUUUCUGUUAGUGUUGAUGAUUAUGGCUUACAGCUAAU